UCCUUCUUGGUUAAAAGCCCAGAAUCAGAAAAUUCAAGGUGUAUUUACGCUUAAUUCUUAAAAAAAAAAUAAAAAAUAGAGUACAUAGCUGAAAGAAGGAGCAACGACAUUGAUGAAAUGGCAUACAGAUACCAUCUUCCCGAGCAGGACCUAGUGUGUCCUAUUUGCUUCGACAUCUACACGGAUCCAGUCGUCUUGUCCUGCAGCCAUAGUUUUUGCAGAGUUUGUACAGAGCAAUUCUGGGACGGUAAUGGAUGUCAGCAAUGUCCAGUCUGUAUGCAAAGGUUCAUUAACUGCGAAUUGCUCUGUAACCGAGCUCUGAAGAACCUCUGCGAGGCUUUCAAAAGUCAGAGAUCCCAAAUAACGGAAGACUCUCAAGGACUUUGCCUUUUACAUGGGGAGCAGCUUAAGGUCUUCUGCCUUGUAGAGAAAGAGGCCAUAUGUGUUGACUGUCUCACACAAACGCAUAAAGGUCACAAGAUCUGUUCAACAGGAGAGGCUGUCCGGCACUAUAAGGGGGAACUCCGGAAUGUACUGAAGAACAUCCAGGAAAGGAAACAGCUUUUCCACAAAGUAAAAUCUACAUUUCAAAAUACAGUGAAGCAUAUAGAGGUACAAACCAGGCACACAGAGCAACAGAUACAAAGGGAAUUUCAGGACCUUCAUCAGCUUCUACUAGACCAGGAGGCGGUCAGAAUUCUAGAGCUGCGUGAGGAGGCUGAGAAGAAGAGAACUGCAAUGAAUGAAAAGAUUCAAGAGCUGACCGAAGAGAUUUCCUCUCUCUCAGAUACUAUUUGUACCAUAAAGCCACUGUUUACGAGUGAUAGCAUCUCAGUCCUGCAGGAGCAUUUUACCAUAGCAAAAAAAUCCAGUCAUGAAAUACAGAAUUUAGAGGUGGGUCCGAGAGCUUUGAUCAAUGUGGCCCAGUACCUGAACUCUCUGAAGUACAAGGUCUGGAUGACGAUGAUGCAGACUGUACAACAUGUGCCCGUGACUCUCGACCCAAACACUGCAGCCCCCCAACUCAUCUUGUCUGAAGAUCUGACCGGCCUGAGAGCGACCGGUGAGAAUCAGCAGCUCCCGAACAACCCAGAGAGGAUUAUCGGCUACGAAGGGGUCCUGGGCUCCGAGGGAUUCAGCUUCGGGAAACACAGUUGGGUGGUUGAUGUCGGGAGUAACACCGAAUGGGCUCUGGGUGUGGCGAGAGAAUCCAUAAAGAGGAAGGAAGUGAUUGCAGCAUCUCCAGAAGAGGGAUUCUGGGCUAUAGGGUGGUCUUCUGGUAAAUGUUUAACCGCAACCUCACCACCAACAUGUCUUACGAAGCAAAGACUUGAGAGAAUCAGGAUUAAGCUGAACUUGGAAAAGAGGACUUUGAAAUUCUAUGACCACACCAAAAAUACCCCUCUGCACACCUUUACACCUAAAUUCACUGGCAAACUUUUUCCUUAUUUCUUCACAAACCAAGGCCACCCUCUCAUAAUUCAGCCAGAAAAUGUAUCUGUCACGUCACAAUAGCUUACGGGAUAAUGCAUCCAUCUUCUGACUUGCACUGGAUCUAUGGGCUUUGGCGGGGCCUGGAGAAUCGCGCAAGCAGCAUACAGUGCAAGGAAGAGGUACACUCUGGAUGGGGUGCAAACCCAUAGCAGGCAGUAUGUACCAUUUAGGAAAAAUAACAAACCUAACUGCAGGUGUUUGGACCAUUGUAAACAAAGAGCAGGGUAUAAUCUGAAUCCCCGAACCUGAAUGUAUGAUGCAGUAGUGCUUUCCACUACCUUAUUGAAUGACAGUCUCUCUUAUAGAAAUUCUCAGUAAAAUGUAAAGAAUUGCUGAACCAUGACACAACAUUUGAAUGCAUAGUUAAUAAACAGCUAGUGAAAGCUAUUCAAGCAACAAUUCAAGUAUCCAAUGCCAUAGGAUAGUGUUUGAAGAUGGGAGGAAAAGAACUUAGUGAUGUAAAUACAAAGGUCUGUUUACUGGGGGAUAAAUUAAGCCGAAUUAAAUACUUGGGGGGGGGGACCCAUCAACAUGUUCUCUUGUUGAAUUAUAUUUUCAGUUUCCAAUUCUCCUGCAUCCUGCACCGACCUUUAUGUCUCACGGCAUCAGUGCGAAAGAUCAAACUGUAUUUAAAAUAUAUAAUAUCACUGGAAUGAGCUCUAGGUUUUAUACAUUUGCAACAGACAUGCUGUUUUUUUGUUUUUUUUAAAAAAGUGAAUUCAUGAAGUUUUUGACAAGACAUUAAGACAACUUCUUGAC